GCGCCGCGACGGACCUGCCGCCUGCCCGGCACCCCGCACCUAAGGAGGCGUUCACACCGCCCGCGGCGACCCAAACGGCAUCUCUCACCUCUCACCCCGCCACUAAAUGAAACAAAACUUCAGUCACCGUUAGAUCAGCUGACCUGGAUUCGGUCGUAUUUGGAUAGGUUGACUCGUUACUUGAAAUCCUCUAAGACGGGUUUGGUCUGCAAGACUGGGCACAAUUCAAUAACAAUGAUGAAUGUCUCUUGGCGAUCGUUGUUGUCGGUGUGAACGCUGCAUUAGUCCUUGCCCCUCACCCACCCUGACCCUUACCCACCUCACACCAGCAGUGUUCUGCUGGCUGCAACAAAGUAACAUAUUUGUCCUGAAUGGAAAGUACGAGGCGAAGACGGACUUUGGAAUCAAAAUUUCAUUGUUAUGAUUUUCUUUAAUUAUAAUUUUCUUUACUCUUGGGGUUUAUAAAUUUCUUGCAGGGGUAAUAUGUUCAUUUGAUUUUUUCCCAACAAAACAUGUUGAGAAUUUGUAUUUUGAUUACUGUAUGCUGUCAUGCACAAGACACAUUUCAUAAGGAAUAACAUCUUGUUUUUACGUUAAAACUCAAUGUUUCGCAAAGAAAGAUGUCUCAAGUGCUAAAGCACAAUGACAAAAAGGGAUACAUUUUAUAGGAUAAGCAACAUGCAUUUGCUACAAAAACUGGGAUAUCUGCAAAGCUCAGAUAAUUUUAAAAUGCUCUGCAUAAUGAGGGGAUUCAAAUAUAAUUUCGAGGUAUUGAAAAUACACAUUGCUUCGGAGACGUACACUAACACACGACAUACCAAUGUUAACUGCCAUGGAACUUGGAACGACCAUUUACCAGUGCUCAACUGUUUUUUUCAGGUGGGCACCUCGCCACCUUGUUUGUGCUUUGCUGUGCUGUGUUGCUGUGAUGUAUGUGUGCGACGCUGGUUUCGGAUAAUAAAUCGUUUGCUGCGGGGCCAAUGUUUGGUCUACCUCCUCCAUUUCUGGGUAUUUCAUAGAGCCUGUUCAGGAAAUGUGAUGGAGAAAAGAUUAUCUAGCUCAGGUCAUCGGCAUUCACAUAUUCACAUUCAUUCACAUUUUGUUCAUUUGACAUGGCCUAUAAAUAGAUACAGACGCAUGAUCGGAGCUAGCAAUCUUAUCUCUACAGUAUUGUUAUCUUAUAAAUGAUGUAAUCGACAAUACCUGUAAGGAGGCACGAGAAGCCUUGGGGGAUGUAUCAACCAGUCAUUUUUCUCCACUUCUAGAUAUUGUCAAAAUGUUGGCUUCAGCUUUUAUUAAAACCUCACCUACUAAUCAUCGAAUUAGCCCCUUGUUGGUUUUUGUUUCAAGCAACAAACUAACCUCAAACGUUUCCAAACAUUGCACUGUCCUGGAGUGGCAAGAAAAGUCUGCGAAGGUACAUUUCCAGUGGCAGCUCUGCAGCAAAAGCGUUUGUGUUUGUGUACAUUGUAAACUACACACGAAGCAUCUGAACGGAACUAAAACGGCCAACAGCUGUCUGAGAAUGCUCAGCCGGACCGACAUCAUGAUUAAAAAUUCCAACUGUGGAAGUAUUGUGCCAUUAAAUUUUGGGAACUUUUCCACAUAGCAUACGCCAGCAGUUCAGUCAAAAAGCACAAAAUUUUCUAUUUCGUUAGCAAUUGAAGCACCUCGGUUUCCUUUUCAACGCCAAGACAGAGCACUGAUACGGCACAAUAGUCCCAGCAAACUUGCUAUAUUGUAUUUGCUAUAUUAUAUUAGGUAUAAUUAAAUGUAAAUAUUCUUGAGUAAAAAAGGAAACAAGAAUGUAUCAGAGCUGUCUUGUUCAUUUCUUUCUAAUGGAUAAGCUAUCAGUGACCCCGAAAGCUGGGAAUCGCACCUUCCUAAACGGGCGAUAGUGUCUUGCAGCACAGCAUGCGGCAGGCGGUGCGUCUCAGAGUCAUCUAGUGGCGAGAUUACAAACUGCCGGUGCUCUGCGGCGCAGUAUGCAUCAGGCGCUUUAUCCUAGAGACCUCUAGUGGCGUAACCUCAAACUAUCGAUGCUCUGCGGCGCAGCAUGUGUCAGGCGGUGAGGCGUCUCGGACGGCUAUUGGUCGCGGGAGGCGCGGGGGACGGCGCCGGCCACUGCCCGCUGCCUGCCGGCCAGGUCAGGUCGGGUCGAGUGGCCGGCGCCGCGUCGCCCGGUCUUGCCAGCUGGUCAGCGCCAGUGUAUCUCUCUCUUUCCCGUCAGCCAGGUCGUCACAGCAGGUGCGCGAGGGUGGCGUGACGGGGCCCGGCCGGCGGCUGGCACGAAGGACGUCCGCCAUAGGUCUAGUUGAUCGUUCCCCUCGUACAUAUAAACAUCCCCAUAUUCCACAUCUCUGCUGUUCACCCAGUCACUACGGCGCACUCAGUCAUGGCCGCAUAUGAGUGUCGCUCGCGUCUCUAGUGUGUGAGUGGCGGCGGGCGCGGCGCGAAACGGAUCGUCCGCCCCACGCCACUGCAGCUCUAGUGUUAUUAUUAUCGAACCAUAAAAAUUGUUCGGUUAUACGGUCUAAAAAAAUGAAGUACUUUUAUAUUAACAACUCGGGCUGUGACUAUGGUCAGGGAUGGAUGCCUGUUCGCGCCGCGCCAAUCAUAACUGCUAAGGCUUUCUGAUGCGACCGCUCAAAUCCUUAGAUUAGAACACUUGGCAUUUUUUGAUAGAAACGUUACAGCACAGCGGUAGUAAUAAAAAGGACAAUUGCUUCAAAACUCGCAAUUUUUCUUUUGAAAUUGACGACAAAUGGAACCUUAAAUGCAAAAAAAUAACGCUUAAAAAUUAGUCAAAACAUUUGUUUCUAUUAUGAUCGUGAUACUGGUUUUAUUUGUUUUUUUUCGGGCGCAGCAGAAAGCCUUGGUAUUCAUCUUAUUGCAGUUUGUUGUGCAUCGACUGAUGGCAAAUGAUCUCUGGUAUACUAACCCAAAAUAUCUGGACUGUCAUUUUGAUUGACUUUGAGUUCCCAGCUGGCUAUCCACUUCUACGCCUUUUCUCAUCAAGUCCAAAACAUGUUGACGGGUCCAAGUCUUUUGGGUGUUGUGUCCCAGAGUGCAUGAGUUUGCCCCUACAUAAUGUCGUAUGAUUGAAAAGUAUGCCAGCGUACUUCCCCUCAAAAUUCAUUGCUUUCCAAAAGUUAAUCUUUCUAACUCGAGGCUCAGGCGUUGCGACCUUUAAGUGACAAUAGUUUGUCGCGCCUAGUUCGCCGUUUGGAGUGCGUCUCACUUCACUGUGCCGUUUCAUGAGAGAACAUAUAUCCUGUUUGGUGCCCAAUCGCUGCUCACCGCGGCUUUGCACAGAUCACUUGCGCUUGCAAAGUUGCUGAAAAGCCAGUACCGAUGCACCACUACAACCGUGCGGUUGGCUUUACUUUCCCUUAGUCUGUCUCUGAACUAGCCCGUGUGCUCGUAUUUAUUUAUCGGGGUACUGACGGAGUUUAUGUGUUCUCAGUUCGGCAUGUUCGAAUGCCUGAUCUCGGCGUUUGUAGACGAGUUCCCGUGGCUGAGACCUAAGAAGAUCCUCUUCACAGCAAUGAUGUGCUGCAUCCUCUUCUUGCUGGGCAUCCCGUGCGUGACCAACGGCGGAGUGUACGUGCUGCAGCUGAUGGAUUGGUACUCGGCCGCCUUCUCCCUGAUGAUCGUCUCACUCCUCGAGUGUGUCGUCAUCGCAUGGGUCUACGGAGAGGAGCGUUUCUCGCUGGACAUUGAGAUGAUGGUCGGCCACAAGCCGCACAAGUGGUUCCGCAUCUGCUGGAAGUACAUCUCUCCGAUGGUGAUCUGUUUCAUCCUGCUCUUCACCUUCAUCAACCACGAGCCGGUGACCUAUAACGGCGUCGAGUACCCGGGCUGGGCUAUCGUCAUCGGCUGGCUGAUGGCGCUCGUAUCCAUCGCCGCCAUCCCCACCGUCGGAACCGUGAUGAUGAUGAAGAAGCAGGGCACAUUCAAGGAGCGGCUGUUGCAGUGCCUGCGGCCUGACCCGCUGUGGGGCCCUAUCAAACAGGAGAACCGCGUCCUCUACAGAAAGUCGCUCGAGAAGCACGCGUCGCGCUUCAAGCAGCUGCACGUAUCCGGUGUGGACCGGAUACCCAGCGGCGCCAGCCUGAGCAGCGCCGGCAACGAGAUCGAGUGUCUGAACACUGACGGCGACCUGCACGUGUAACCCGCCGCCGUAUCGCGGACCAAUCGACAGACGUCUAACUGACGCGCUAGGGGAGGGAGGGGAGCUGUGGACGCGCUAGGGGAGGGAGGGAGGGAGGGAGGGGUGGGAGCUGUGGAGAGGCCGCGUGGACAGGGUGUGGGGGCGACUCCCACUGAGCGCUCUUUCUACUGUGCUGUGCUCUCGGAGCGCGGCGCAUCUCGUGUUCCGCGCAGUGUGUGUCUGUAUGCGUGUCUGCGAACAUACAUCUGUGUGUGAGGACUGGCUGACAGGACAGUCGUGUGGGUGAUGGGUGAGUGUGUUCGCUGUAUAUGACAACGGUCGUCAGGUGAGGCUGGGGGGUGGCAGAAGAGUAGCUCCAAGCCAUUAUUACGUGUUAUGACAGUAUAGCCUAGAAGCAGGGACCUUCUAUGACAGGCUCCUUUGUAGGCAAUAGAGGCCAAACCGAGUUUCUGUUGGGAACUACUCACUGCUGGUCGGAUAUUUUUCACGGCACAGAUCUUUGACUUCCGGUAUCUUGCAAUGCAAAAUGUCCGUUUAUGUUGCUGUCCCGCCUGCUUUUCUGUAGAUUUUUUUUUUUUUGUUAAGUAACGCCUUGUCAUAUGUUGGCCCUGCUGGUAUGACUGGGAUUAAUUGUUUUGUACCCGAUGUGAAUUGCUUUAAGUAGACUAUCGUAUUUGAAAUGUUUGGUGGAAUCGCAUGCCUUGGUGAGAAGUUAUCAGACUCUGAAAUGUUUAAGCCACAAAUUGCUUAUAUCAUCUUGUCGCGUUGGUGUUUUUGAGUUCAGAAGUAGCCACUUAACUAUGUUUUAACAGAAACUGAUGCUAAUAUUUAUGAUUGGUCAUUUCACGAGUCGUGACCUGUCUUAAAUGCCUUUGUUUGCUUUACGUAAAGCAUCGUGCCAAAUAAAAAAAUGCGCAUGCUUUGCCUUUUCGACUAUAAAAGAUCUCUCGACGCAGUCUGAUAUUGUGGCAUUGAUAAGUGUACUUUAUAGCUGGUUGUGUAGUGUUUCGAAGCAAUAUGCCCUGCUGAGUUGAUAAGAGAUGUCUCGGUUUCCGUACUUAAACAGAGUAUAGCAGCUUUUGGUGUAGAACUACAAAUGCAUGCCAGCUUUACCUGCGAUAGAUCAGUCCUUCAUUUGCGCGGAGACAAACAGACAAACCCAAUACCAGUAGCUUUUUCCAAAGGACCUGAAACAUUAACUGUCACAAGCUGCAUUGAACCACUUGAACUUAUUAAUUUGAUCAUUAAUUUGAUUUAUGAUCAUAUUAUUCAGCUUAUAAUGAUCCCAUUUGUUAGGUGUAAUCCACAACGCUGAUCAUCCGCGCUUCGAUGUAUGGUACUGAGCUCACAGAAGAUAAGUAGAUAAAGCUGAACUGCUUUUUCGAAAUUAUUUCUGCCCUUUUGUUCUCUAUCUGAUCAAUGCUUGCCAAAAUCCAGGGCAUUCAAUCGCAUGCUGCAUCUGCGUUGCCAGCCGUUUAUGUACACCCGGAAUGAAUGUGAUGAUUGUCAUUGCCAUUUGUCAGCUGCACAAUGCACAAUGUCAAUGAAAUAUAUGAGUGAAAC